AUGGAGAUCCGGCAGCACGAGUGGCUCUCGGCCUCCCCCCACGAGGGCUUCGAGCAGAUGAGGCUCAAAAGCCGCCCCAAGGAGCCCUCGCCAAGCCUGACUCGAGUGGGCGCGAACUUCUACAGCAGCGUCAAGCAGCAGGACUACAGCGCCAGCGUCUGGCUCCGGAGGAAAGACAAGCUGGAGCACUCCCAGCAGAAGUGCAUCGUGAUCUUUGCCCUGGUAUGCUGUUUUGCCAUUCUCGUGGCGUUGAUAUUUUCUGCCGUGGACAUCAUGGGAGAGGAUGAGGAUGGACUCUCAGAAAAAAAUUGUCAAAAUAAAUGUCGAAUUGCCCUGGUGGAAAAUAUUCCUGAAGGCCUUAACUAUUCAGAAAAUGCACCAUUUCACUUAUCACUUUUCCAAGGCUGGAUGAACUUACUCAACAUGGCCAAAAAGUCUGUUGACAUAGUGUCUUCCCAUUGGGAUCUCAACCACAGUCAUCCAUCAGCAUGUCAGGGUCAACGUCUUUUCGAAAAGUUGCUCCAACUGACUUCGCAAAAUAUCGAAAUCAAGCUAGUGAGUGAUGUGACCGCGGACUCAAAGGUAUUAGAAGCCUUGAGAUCAAAGGGAGCGGAGGUGACCUACAUGAACAUGACCGCCUACAACAAGGGCCGGCUGCAGUCCUCCUUCUGGAUCGUGGACAAGCAGCAUGUCUACAUCGGCAGUGCUGGCUUGGACUGGCAAUCCCUGGGACAGAUGAAAGAGCUCGGUGUCAUCUUCUACAACUGCAGCUGCCUGGUCCUGGACUUACAAAGGAUAUUCGCUCUGUACAGCUCAUUAAAAUUCAAGAACAGAGUGCCUCAGACCUGGUCCAAGAGGCUCUAUGGCGUCUACGACAACGAGAAGAAAUUGCAGCUUCAGUUGAACGAAACCAAAUCUCAAGCCUUUGUGUCGAAUUCUCCCAAACUCUUUUGCCCUAAAAACAGAAGCUUCGAUAUUGACGCUAUCUAUAGUGUGAUAGAUGAUGCCAAACAAUACGUAUACAUCGCUGUCACGGACUACCUGCCUAUCUCCAGCACAAGCACCAAAAGGACUUACUGGCCAGACUUGGAUGGGAAAAUAAGAGAAGCAUUAGUUUUGCGAAGCGUUAAAGUUCGACUCCUUAUAAGCUUCUGGAAGGAAACUGACCCCCUUACAUUUAACUUUAUUUCAUCUCUUAAAGCUAUUUGCACUGAAAUAGCCAACUGCAGUUUGAAAGUUAAAUUUUUCGAUCUGGAAAGAGAGAAUGUGUGUGCUACAAAAGAACAAAAGGAUCACACCUUUCCUAAAUUAAAUCGCAACAAGUACAUGGUGACAGACGGCGCGGCUUAUAUUGGCAAUUUUGACUGGGUAGGGAACGAUUUUACCCAGAACGCUGGCACAGGCCUGGUUAUCAACCAAGCAGAUGUGAGGAACAACAGGAGCAUCAUCAAGCAGCUGAAGGAUGUGUUUGAGAGGGACUGGUACUCACCCUAUGCCAGGACCUUGCAGCCGACCAAACAGCCGAACUGCUCCAACCUGUUCAGACUCAAACCCCCCAGCAACCAAACUGCCAUGUCCAGCACCAGCUCGAAGGACCCCGCCAGUGCAUAA